AUGGAAACCAUGCGUCUGGUGUUGCUCGGUUCGGGAGGUGUGGGCAAGUCUUGCAUCACCAUCCGCUACGUUCAGGACUCCUUCGUGACCGAGUACGACCCCACCAUCGAGGACAGCUACCGACGGCAGGUCGAAGUAGACGGCCAACAAGUCAUGCUCGAGAUUCUCGACACAGCCGGCACCGAGCAGUUCACUGCUAUGCGGGACUUGUACAUGAAGAACGGCGAUGGUUUCAUCCUCGUGUACAGUAUCAUCGCGCGAUCGACCUUCAACGACCUUCCCGACCUGCGACAGCAGAUCUUGCAGGUCAAGGACAGGGACGAGGUGCCGAUGGUGCUGGUGGGCAACAAGUGCGAUGCCGACGACCACCGCCAGGUGAGCCGAGACGAGGCCCAGCGGCUGGUGGACAAGUGGGGCAGCUCGGCCAGCUUCUUCGAGACCUCGGCCAAGCAGAACCUGCGGGUGAGCGACGUGUUCGCAGACCUCACGCGACGCAUCCUUGAAGAAAAGCGAGGCGGCAAGGACGGCAAGAAGAAGGGCCGAAAGUACAACAAGGACGGAUCGUCCUCCAAGUGCACCCUCUUCUAA